CCGCCGUCGGGGAGGCAGGAUUUCCGCGGUUGUGUAACUGCUCCUCGCAGGCGCGGAGCCGCCUGGCUUCGCCUCCCCCCUCGGCCGGCCCCUGCUCUCCGGCGGCCGAGCCAUGGCCUGGGCGGCGGCGGGGGGCUCCGCGGGCCGCCGGCCGCUCUCGGCGCACACACUCCUCUUCGACCUGCCGCCCACGCUGCUGGGCGAGCUCUGCGCCGUCCUGGACAGCUGCGACGGCGCGCUCGGCUGGCGCGGCCUCGCGGAGCGACUUUCAAACAGUUGGCUGGAUGUUCGUCACAUUGAAAAAUAUGUAGACCAAGGUAAAAGUGGGACGAGAGAAUUACUUUGGUCCUGGGCACAGAAAAACAAGACCGUUGGUGACCUUUUACAGAUUCUCCAGGAGAUGGGGCAUCAUCGAGCUAUCCAUCUAAUUGCAAACCACGGAGCAGCCUUGAAUCCCUCAGAACACAGUCACCCAGGAGAUGGAUUUCCAAACAUGUUACCCAAGGAAACAACCAAUGUCACAGUGGAUAAUGUUCUCAUUCCUAAACAUAAUGAAAAAGGAAUAUUGUCUAAAUCUUCUGUCAGCUUUCAAAACAUCAUAGAAGGAACCAAAAAUUUCCACAAAGACUUCCUAAUUGGAGAAGGGGAGAUUUUUGAGGUAUACAGAGUGGAGAUCCAAAACCGAACAUAUGCCAUUAAAUUAUUUAAACAGGAGAAAAAAAUGCAGUGUAAGAAACAAUGGAAGAGUUUUUUAUCUGAGCUUGAAGUUUUACUGCUGUUUCAUCAUCCAAAUAUUCUGGAGUUGGCUACAUAUUUCACAGAGGGUGAGAAGUUCUGCCUGGUUUAUCCAUUUAUGAGAAACGGAUCCCUUUUUGACAGACUACAGUGUGUAGGUAACACGGCCCCACUCUCUUGGCACGUUCGAAUCAGUAUCUUAAUAGGAACAUGCAAAGCCAUCCAGUACUUGCACAAUGUCGAACCGUGCUCGGUCAUCUGUGGCAGCAUAUCCAGUGCAAACAUACUUUUGGAUGAUCAGUUUCAACCCAAACUAACUGAUUUUGCCAUGGCACACUUCCGACCCCACCUGGAACAGCAGCCCUGCACCAUCAGCGUGACCAGCUGCAGCAGGAGACAUCUGUGGUACAUGCCCGAGGAGUACAUCCGGCAGGGCAAACUCUCCAUCAAAACUGACGUCUACAGCUUUGGGAUUGUAAUAAUGGAAGUUCUGACAGGUUGUAAAGUGGUGUUAGAUGAUCCAAAGCAUGUCCAGCUGAGGGAUCUGCUUAUGGAAUUGAUGGAGAAGAGAGGCCUCGAUUCAUGUCUCUCAUUUGUAGAUAAGAAAGUGUGUCCUUGUCCCCGGAAUCUCUCCGCCAAGCUAUUCUCUUUGGCAGGCCAGUGUGUUGCGACACGGGCGAAGUUAAGACCAUCGAUGGGUGAAGUCCUGACUGUUCUGGAAAGCACUCCAGCCAGCUUGUAUUUUGCUGAAGAUCCUCCCACCUCACUGAAGUCCUUCAGGUGUCCUUCUCCUGUGUUCUUGGACAACGUACCAAGUAUUCCCGUGGAAAAUGAUGAAAACCAGAAUAACCCUUCACUGCCUCAUGAUAAAGGCUGGAGAAAAGAUAGAAUGACUCAGAAAAUUCCCUUUGAAUGCAGCCAGUCUGAGGUUACAUUUCUGGGCUUUGACAGAAAGACAGGGCAUAAGAGAAAUGAGGACGCUUGGAACAUGCCCAGUUCUUCUUGUGAAGAAAGUUCGUCUCCAAAGUAUGCAGCCCCAUCCCAGGACUCAAGCGCCUAUGGUAUGAAUGUGGACCCUUCUGUAGAAGCUCCAGGCCAUUCUUACAGGAGCAGUCCAGUGGAGACUAGCUGUUCCUCCGAAUUUUCCUGGAACGAAUGUGAAGAGUACAAAAAGGAGUCAAUUUCACCAGAUGAUAAAGAAGAAAGCAACCAUUGCUGAGGCCCUGAGUGCAGGUGUCAUCUGGGGAAGACAUUGCCUUCAUAAGUAAUGCCAAGAGGAUGAUGGAUGGUGAAUUUGGGUAAUGCACAUCAACAAUCUGCACAAUCCUGUUCCUUCCUUUCCAACUCGAAAAACAAGGUGGCUUAAAAAUUUAUUUUAUCAGGAUAAUUGCCUCAUGAUCAAACC